UGACGGAACCCGUCACAUUUCCUCUGUGAAUGUUUGAGGAAGUGUCAGAGUGCUGGCGAAAUACGACCUAAACGACUUCAGUCAUGGACAAACUUCGCCGUGUGUUAAGCGGCCGAGAUGAUAAUGAGGAGUUGGGGCUCACAGCACAGGUGCUGGAUGCCUCCACGCUCAGUUACAGCACACGGAUCAAGUGGUUUGCCAUAUGUUUCGCUUCUGGGAUUCUGUGCUCCAUCCUUGGCACAGCACUGCUCUUCUUACCCAAAGGGUUGCAGUUGUUUGCUGUAUUCUACACUUUAGGAAACAUUGCAGCUCUGGCUAGCACCUGUUUCCUGAUGGGUCCGCUGAAACAGCUGAAGCGCAUGUUCGAGCCAAACAGACUCAUAGCCACCUGUGUCAUGCUGCUGUGCCUUGUCCUGACAUUAUGUUCAGUAUUUUGGUGGCAAAAAAAACCCCUGGCUAUCAUUUUCUGCAUUUUACAGUUCUUGGCUAUGACGUGGUACAGCCUUUCAUACAUUCCCUUUGCUCGGGAUGCAGUUAUAAAGUGCUUCAACUCCUGUUUGGGCUAAAGCUGCUUUCCUCAGAACCACCUUAAUGUAACGCCCAGUCAGAAGUUUCAAGCCAAGAGUAUAUAUGUAAAAUAUUUUAUUUUGAAUUUUUUUUUUUUUAUCUCACUCAUUAUUCUAAGGAUAUUCUUCUCUCUCAGUUUAAACACCAGUUUUACUAAUGAUGUAAAAAAAAACAGUGUAUUAUUUGCCUUUAAUAUGCACAUCUAUGAUGAUUUUCUGUUUCUUUUUAUUUUCUCUUCUCUCUGAUGGUGUGUAAGCGUUGAUGAGUGAAUAGCGUGUGCCUUAAAAGACUACAUAUUUAAGAAAAUUUCUCAGUGAUUUAUAAAGAGACCGCCGAGCUUAGUGCCAAGUGCCUUAUUUACUGUCUUAAUUUCCAGAUGUUAUAUUUGUAUACUGUUAUACUUUUAUGUUUUUGUUUUGUUUUGUUUUUUUUUGUACGGAAUGUUUGAGUCUUUACCAGAGGAAAGUGUCUAAUGCCAUACUUUGCCUAAUAAACUCCAUCAUUCUCCAUCA